AUGAUUCCCACAAUCGCAGGGAGCUUCGGGACGGUUUGCACAGCCCAGCACAGGAUAACUGGAAAGGUGGUUGCCGUCAAGCGCAUUCCGAGGACGAGGACCCCCGACCUUACCUUCGCCGAGAUCUGCUGGGAAGUCGAAGUGCUCAAGCUGGCUGGAGAGCAUCGCAACGUGACGCAGUUCCACGACAUCUUCGAAGAUGAUGACUACUACUACCUGACCAUGGAGCUGGCGCGGGGAGGAGAGCUGUUCGAUUUGCUGGUGGACAGCGGCCCGCCGGACGAGGUCCACACGGCGACGCUUAUGAAUUCGCUGGUGGAGGCUGUAGCUUUUGUCCACCUGCACGGAAUUAUCCACGGGGAUAUCAAGCCCGAAAAUGUGUUCUUGACGAACAGCAGCACGGGAGACGUGGACUGGGAAGGCGUUCGCCUGGGAGACUUCGGGUCGGCCGUGGAGAUGGCUCUAGGGGGAGGCACCACCCUCUCCGGGAUGCACACAAGAGGGACCGUGGCGUACAACCCGCCGGAGAGCCUGCGGCGCAUGCUGGACGGGAAGGACGUGGUGGUGACCACGAUGGGCGACGUGUGGGCGCUGGGAGUUGUCCUCUUCAUGCUCCUUACGGGAGAGCACCCCUUCACCCCGGACAUGUCGAUCUCCGACGAGGAAAUGGCGAAGCGGGUGCUGGGGAUGUGCGACGGUCGGUACGGCGAGGCGGCCUUGUUUCCGGACACAGAGGACGACGAGGAGGGCGGGGGAGGGGCCAGGUCGAGCGUGUCCCCGCUCGCGCGAGACCUCAUCCUCAAGAUGCUGACGCCAGACCCGGAGCUCAGGGCGACGCCGCAGGAGGUGCUGCAGCACCCGUGGCUAGAGCUGGCCUCUCUCGGGGGAGGGGACCGGACCCUCCGCACGAUGAAUCCGCGGGGCCACAUGCACCGGCACCGCGCCGAGAGGCACCCGCGGCACGGGGAGCCGGCGCCGACGAACCCGGAGGCGCUCCAGAAGUUCUGGUCCGCCCGCCGUAGGCUCAAGACCUGCAUGCUGUCCCUCAUGUGCGGGCUCGUCGAGAUCGAGGCGGAAGAGUACAACGAGGAGGAGAGCCUGCGGGCGCUGAUGGAGCUCCGCCUGGAGAUGGACGAGAGGAGGAAGAAGAGGGAGUCGCCGCCUACCCGCAAGCGCCGCUUCUCCGCCGCUUCCUCCGCCGAGAUGGAGGCCAAGGAGAAGGCGGCGGCUGCGGCGGCGGCGGCGGAGGCCGCCGCCGCCGCCGAAGCCGCGGAGAAGAAGGCGAAGGAGGAGGCCGCAGCCAAGGCCGCGGCGAUGUACGCGGACUACAUGGAGAAGAGCCAGCAGGAGGCGGACGGCGCCAGCGAGGACCGGUUCAUCGCGAUGCUGACGAUCCCGAGCGUGGGCAUCCGUCCGUACGCGAUCGGGUCCCGCGAGGCGGCGUGCGGCAUCAUCGACCGCGGGCGGAAGGGGUACAUCACCCGGGGGGACCUCGAGCGCAUCACGCUGGCCAUGGGGGAGCGCUUCACCCGCGCGGAGAUCACCGACAUGAUGAGGGCGAUCGACGGAGACCCCGCGACCGAGUCGCGGCGAAUCACGUACGGGGAGAUGGUGGAGACGGUGCCGCCGCUGUGCCCGCCGAAGAAGAUCAAGGCCGGCCAGACCCUGUACAAGGAAGGGCAGCUGGACCCCACCUUCUACCUGCUGAUGAAGGGCGUGGUGGAGUUCUCGGUUUGCUCCCUCCAGGAGCAGGCUGGGCUGCAGCGGCAGCUUCCCGGAGCUUCGUUUGGCGAGGUGGAGCUGCUUCGGUCGGAUGAGCUCUCGACGCCGAGGCUGGCCACGUGCACGUGCGUCGGGCAGCCGAGCGGGGGCGACUGCGAGGUGCUGGUGGUGACGGAGCACAUGUUCGACCUCUUGACGGACACAUUCCAGGGCGUGCGCGCGGGCCUCGAUCUCCAGCGGGAGGUGCGGCUGACCCAGCUGGCGGAAGCGGUGCUCUCCAAGGUUUUCCAGGGCGAGGAGGCGACCUUCGGCGAAGAGGACGUGGUCUGGGGCCAGGACGGCAAGGAGACGGCCGGGGAGUGGAAGAAGGUCGUGCCGGUGCAGGGGCCGCUGCCCCCCCUCUGGAAGAGGAAGGAGCCGAAGAACCCGCCCCCGAUCCCGGUGCCGCCCGUGUCUCGGCCCUCUCGCCUCACGCCACCACCACCGUCUUACUCUUCUUCUUCUUCUUCUUCGUCUUCUUCUUCGUCUUCUCCUUCGUCUUCGUCUUCUUCUUCUUCUUCUUCUUCGCCGCCCCCGUCCUCUUCUCCCGAGGCAGCGGUUGACGGGCAGGGUAAGGGCCACGCGGAGGCGGCGGCUGGGGGGACGGGGGCGAUGGCGAGCUCUGGCGGCGAUGGUAGUCCGCCCGCCCGAUCGGGGAUCGUCAACCUCGGGGCGCGGAGCGUCACCACCUGCGGCAGACCAGCCGUCGCGAACAGAGGCAGCGGCAAGCCGGCGAAGGAGGACUCCGACGCUGCUGCCGCCGCCGCCGCCGCCGCCGCCGCCCCCGCCGCUGCUUCGGCGGCAGCGAACGCCGCCGGCGCGGCGGGCGGCGACGACUCCUACGACGACGGCGGCGUGGACAACGAGGGAUCGUUCGUGCUGCUGGUGUUGGAAGGCUCCAUCACCGCCGAGUACGGCCUCGAGGAAGCCGGCAAGGCGAACGGCCGGGCCUGGAGGGAGGUCGGCGGGCAAGGAGCCCGAAGGGGGGGCGACGGCAGGACGCCCACGCGGAAGGUUUGCCCGCGGCACAGAAAGGACCGCGUGGUGGGGAAAGGUGACUUCUUGUUCUGCGGUAAGGGUUUCGGAGACGGUGAUCCGGUGUCGCCGAAGGUGGUGUCGUGCAAGCCGGGGCAGACGGCCAAGGUUUUGCGGGUUCGCGCGAAGGAUUUCGCUCCAAGGAUGGCAAUUAGAAACAUGGUCUCGCUCAAGGAGUACAUGUUCGCCAAGUAAUUUUGGUGUCGGUUUUGUUUUCUGGCGGUGUCACGAUGACUGUUUUUUUUUUUCCGAUCUUCUCUCCGGCAGAAGAGAGGGGACGUGAGGCCGCACGAUUUUGGGGGGAGAGUGUCGGCAGUGGUGAUGUGCUGGUGGUGAUGCCAUACAGAUGCGCUCUGUGCACUCGCGCGCGCAACACUCCCGUAUACCCCCUCUUGAGAUACUUGCGUGCGAAGGUGGUCAAUUUGUUGUGUUCGGUUUUUGACGAAGGCAGAGUGAAAUGAAGUAACCAAAGGACGCAAGAUUCGGGGUGGUAUCGAGUACCCUCUGCUUUGUUGUUCUUCUAGACCAAGAGUGAAAUGAAACCCAACUGCGGGAUUUGUUUUUUUUCGCUGCUGCUUCGAUAGUAAAGCUUGCUUGUGCUUGCGAGGGUGGCGAGAAACGACCGGGGCUCGCGCUCGAUAAGAAUGAUCGGGCUCACCCCCCAAGCACCACCACACAGCAGGGACAAAAAAGCAAGAGAUGCCAACAGCGCUUCACGUAAAGAAUCGAUGCAGCCGAUUCGAUGAGAUAUCGACCGACAGACAAUGUACCUGGCUAGCGGUGAAGGUGCGUGUGUGUGUGUGUUUACUCAAUAGCCGAACACGGCGUUGCCGUUAGACCGUUGACCUCACACCCCUAUAAAGUCGGGAAGGAACACGCGAGGUUUUCGCAGUGGGGGAACUUUGGGACCAUAGAGCGAGAGCUCGCAGAUGCCCACCACUCUGGUCAAGAAUUAUAAACGCCGCGUUAGGAGAUAUUGCGGCCUAGCUUCCACUGGCUGAUGAUCUUUUUUAAACGGUAUUAACUGCAGUGAGUUGCUUGCGGGGUAAAUCAACAGUCAGUAGACGGAGGU